AUGGCUUCCAGGUCAACAAAUAUGCCAGAAGAAUUCAAUAUAUAUUAUCUUCUCAAGGGUGCCUUCCCCUGGCAGACUUCGGAGGAGUCUAUGGAUGUAUCCAGAGAUGACACAAACCCACAAUACCAAGGACUUACCGGCCUGCGUAAUUUAGGCAACACAUGUUAUAUGAACGCUGUAAUUCAGUGCCUUUGCAGCGUAUCCCCGUUGGUGGAAUAUUUCCUCUCUGGAAAAUAUAUAGCCUCGUUAGACAAGGAGAAUGGAGAGAUUGCAACAGCCUUUGCCUAUCUAAUGAAUGAUAUGUGGCUUGGGGAUUUUGACUGCGUCUCUCCGGAGGUUUUUAGGUUGGUCAUUGGUGAACGAUACCCUGCUUUCAUCAAGAAAACCCAGCAAGAUGCUCAAGAGUUUCUGAUAUAUGUCUUGAAUGAACUGCAUGAAGCUCUCAAAAAGACAAAUAAGAAAAAAAAUCAAGGAAGCUCAUCGACCACUUGGGAAUCCAGGACUUGCCUUAGCGAAUGCUCCAUUAUCACCCGACUUUUUGAAGGACAUCUUAGCUAUGAUAUCAUGUGUUUGGAAUGUCAAACCACUACUUACAAAACGGAGAUCUUCACUGUGCUCUCUCUACCGAUACCUUAUGAAUCGGAAUGCUCCCUCGAGGAAUGCCUUGAUUGCUUCUUUCAGCAGGACGUCUUGACCUGGAACAACCAGAUCAACUGUUCCUGCUGUGGGAUAAAAACAGAUGCGGCAGUGAAAGCCAGCAUAGCCAAGUCGCCCAAAAUGGUCAUCUUUCACUUGAAGAGAUUUGAUUGUCAAGGCAGUUACAAAAAGAAACUUAAAACUGACAUCUACUAUCCUUUAAAUAACCUGGAUUUGUCUCCUUAUAUAUAUCCACUUUUUCGGAAAAACCCCAAAUACAACUUAUUUGCUGUAGUGAACCAUUUUGGAGAUCUGGACGGUGGCCAUUAUACUGCAUUCUGCAGACAUACUCUCAGCCAAAACUGGUACAACUUUGACGAUUCCCAGAUCAACGAGAUCCCAGAAUCCUCUGUGCAAACAUCUGCCGCUUAUCUUCUGUUUUAUAGCAGUCAAGCUUUCUCUGCACCCGUAAAGAACCAGAAUGUCUAGGAGAACCAAUUAGUAGGUUCCAGGGGUCACAUUGAAUUGGCCCACACUUUGGUUGUUGUUCAGGAACAACUGCAUUUUUUCCCCCCUUGUGUCUUUGGAUUGAACUGAUGGAGUGACGUAGAAGCUGGCCCUUCCAAGCCACUUUCUUUCAGUGAAAAGAACGCUACUCGGCAAGCCUUACGCAGAAUG